AUGGACGAGGAAGCGAUGUGGAAAGGUUUCUACGACAAGAUUCAGGAGGAAAAACAGAAACCACCGACCGCGACUCAAUCCACAAUUCAAGAGCUCGAUGGUGGUUUCUUCGAGAAGUUUGGCUCAAUCUUGCGCCAAAAGUCCAUCCAACACGAUGAAAGCGUCCAGGCCCGGCUGGAACCGUUCCCGGACGAAAACGAAGCGGAAGAUGAACCGCAACCGGCGUCUUCCACGCUUCCACCCGUUGCCGAAGCGGACGACAGUGGGAACGAAACCCUGCUGGACGAAAGCGAUUCCGAGGACCAGCAGGAAAAGCAGGCCCUGUUCAUCGAGGAUGUGUUUGGAUGGAACAUUGAGGAGCUGUACGAAGAGAUCUUGUUCGAGAGCAUUCACAAUGUGGGCUGCGACGAUGAGGAGCUCAACAUGGACGUGCUGAUCCCGUACGUGCAGGAAGCAUUUAAGAUGUCGGACGAGAAGCACAACGAAAUCAUGCAGAUCGCGCGCAACAAGGAAGCGCCCGAAAUUCGGCUGAACGUCGAGAUUGUCGAGGCGAAGGACCUGGAACCGAAGGACUCGAACGGGCUGUCCGAUCCGUUCGUGACGAUGUACAUUGCGUCCAAUCCGAACCAUCGCUACAACACCUCCGUCAAGGCGGGAACGCUGAACCCAACGUGGGAGGAACAUUUUUCACUGCCAAUCGCAGAAGAUGCGAACGAUGCUAACCUUAUUGUGGAGGUGUGGGACUUCGAUCCAGCAGAAACGGUAAAGGAGAAGAUGAACAAGUUGUUUGAGGUUAAGGGCGUGCGUGGACUGCGGAAACUCAUGAAGGAGAUCGCACAAACUGCUUCCACUGGAAAGCACGACAAUGAACUGAUCGGUCGUGCGAGUAUUCCACUUAAGUCCAUACCAGCGUCCGGGAUGCUGAUGUGGUACAAUCUGGACAAGAAGAACAAGCUACGUCGUCAGGGUACGAUACGCAUUAGACUGAACUUUAGCUCGGAGAAAAACAGCCAAGUAGCGGCUCAGGAACAUAGACAUUUGUUGCGCAUUUUGCUGCUGCACGAGCUGGAAUCGUCGAAGGUGGCACCGUACUGGUGGUCCGGCAAGUUUACGAUCCAGGGCGAUGCUGUCCUAACGCAACAUUCGGCCCAGAGCGGUCUCUCCUCGACGACGGAAGCCUUUAUUCAGUGGUCCGUCUUCGCCACGAUCCAUCAGGAUCAUCCGCUGUCGUUCGUGUUGUUUGACACGCUGCUGGAAAAGCUAGUCCGCCCGAUCCAAACCCUCUCGGUGUCGGAGGACGAGCUGAAGACCUUCUGGGAGGCCACUAAGAAACUGUUGCCGUCGUGCUUCUCGGCAAUUCGCAAACUGCGCAAGAAAAACACGAGCGAUAAGUCGAUUAUUAAAACACUACAGGGAGUGCUGAACAUUAUCGCUAAGGUCGCUCUUCUCGAGCCACCAGAGGGCACGGAUCUGUUUCCGGUGCAGACGUACGGAUGGAUCCGGCGAGCGAACGACAACGAACCGAACUGGGACAUCCGUGAGGCGCUUGCCAGUGCCGUCGUUUCUGGGGCGGAAGAUUGGUUCGGUAGCAUCAAGGAGGGACACUUUUUGCAAUCCGGUUCGGACGAGGAUCGACUGCAGAACUUGAUCAAAAUCAUUCAGCUCGUACGGUCGGAUAUUCAAAAAUCGAUCGAAUACUACGACAAAACCUUUCAAGAAAUUAUGCAUUUUUCAUACACCAAGGAACUGUACAUUACGUACGAGUUGAAGCUGGCGGAGCUCAUCAAACCGACGGUGGAGGAUAUCUGCCGAAAGCUGAAGCGUAUCGAUCUUCCCGAAACGACAUCACGCCGCGGUGGAGAUAGUGGUUUUAUCGAGUACGAGGAUAUCAACAUGGGCACGACGCUGUUUGAGCUGUACCUGGUACUGAAACGCUUCUGCACGCUCGGAACUGCGCUUAGUCCUGGCGAGAACAACUUUGCCAUCGACGAGUACCAUCGGUGGUUCACGAUCGGCGUUACCCACUGGCUGGACAUUGCCGUGUAUAAGGCUCUAACGCGCAUCCAAAAGGCGAUCGAGCUCGAUAAGCUGCAACCGGAGGACGUGACGGUCAAGUAUUCGUCCUCGGCUGUCGACACGCUGGCCAUUUUCUAUCAGAUCAAAAUCUUCUGGCAGCAGUUGGCUUGGCCAGACGUCGAGGGAGCGUACAUUUUUGUGGCCAAAAUCGUGGACGACAUUUGUCGGUGUUGCGUGUUUUACGCGGAUCGUAUGUCUGCGCGUGUGGAGAACCUUGGCGUGGUAGAGAACGUGUACGAGAAAAAGUUCGAGGUAACGACGGAGUGGUGCCUUGCCAUCAACAACAUCGAUUACAUCCGGCAGAGCCUUAAACCGUUCGCCGCGGAACUCGGAGUGGACGACAUAGUGACCAAGCUGGGCGAUGUCCAGAGCAGCGUCGAAGCUGACCGUUGCAAGGAAACGUUGAGAGCGGUGCUGGAAAAUGCGAUCGAUACGGAGCGCAACAAAAUCCUGGAUCUGGUGGAGAAGCUGGCGCGCAAGAUGGUACCGGUGAUGCGGCGAUUCCUGGUCGAGGGUGCCGAACUGCUGCAGCAGGACUCGAACUCGCUUGAUCGGUUGAUGAUGUACAUGGAGGAAUCGCUUAGCGUGCUGCACGCGGAACUGAACGAAACAAACUUUGAGCGGGUCCUGGAUGCUAUCUGGGCCGAGUUGACGACGAUCCUGUACGACCUUAUCCAGAGUAAUUUGGACAAACGACGACCGCCAUCGUUCUUCGCGAACCUCCGCGAUACGCUCCACCUGAUGGUGGCCAACUUUAAGACGGCGGAAAACCGUGAAUCGGAAAACGCGACCGACAAGGACACGCUCGUCCACAUCGAGCGGUUGCUGCAGCUGCACGGGUACGAAACGACCGAUCUCAUCCAUCAGUAUUACUUAGAUAGGCUAGAGGAGCAGAACCAAACCGAUGCUUCGACAUCAGGCUACGGCAUGCUGACGGUGCAGUGCUUCUUCAAGGAGAACGUGCUCGAGCUGGAGAUCGUGAACGCCCGCAACCUGAAGCCGAUGGACGGUAACGGAUCGUGCGAUCCGUUUGUGCGCAUCCACUUUCUGCCCGAGGAACGGUUCGUCGGUGUGGCAAAGCCAAAAACACAGUGCCAGAGCAAAACGCUGUUCCCACUGUUUGAUGAGAAGUUUGUGAUAACCUUCACACCGGAGCAGCGUGCUGUUUCGAACGCAGUGAUUAUGUUCAGCAUCAAGGAUAAGGACCUGUUCGGUAUGUCGAACCAGUACCUGGCCGAGUGCUACCUCAGUUUCAACGACAUCGCGGACAUUUCGGGAGACACGGGCAAAAUCGAGCAGAAGCAUCUUGUCCUAACUCGGCCGCAGCGCAUGGAUAUCGAUUGUCUUCGCGCGCUCGAGUACCGCCAGGGUGAUAAGCAAGCGAAGGAGUUUAUCAAAAAAUUGAAACAGAAAAUGGGCCAAUAAGGAGGGCAUCGCUGCGCCAAGGUAUACGUUGGGAUUGAUAGCAAUACCACGCAGGGGUGAUCUGUUGGUCGUAUUUAUUAUUGUCUAUGGUAUCGAUGUAGAGGCAUAGAAAAUAUAAAAUUACUAGAGCAGGAUUACGCUGUAAAUGACGGCGGGCAAAACUGUCGAGAAAUCGUGUCCACUUUCGUAUCCGGUAGAAAAGAUUUUGUACGAAUUAUUGGAGAAGUUGAUGACUGUGAAAUUUCGUGUGCGGUGACGGCUGUGGGUGAACAAAAAUUGUGUGUAACUUGACGAAAAUAAAAUAUAAUCUGUAUAGUAUGUGAAGUCUUGUUUUUAAA